UCUACGAAACUUCUCUCUAUGUCUAUGUGAACUUUCUCUUUCUCUUCUUGUUGAUUCUACUUUGUUUACAUAAUGGGAAACACAUCUUCAUGCUCACCAUCAAACUCAUCAUCAGGAGUAGUCAAAAUCUUAGCUCCUUUCACCGGAACGCUCGAAGUCUUCUCAAAACCCAUAAAGACUUCCCAAAUCGUAUCUCAAAACUCAGGUCUAUUUAUAACCGACUCAACUUUGCUCCAAAUAGGCCACCGAGUCACCGCCGUAUCUCCCGACGAGUUCUUGCGGCCGAGACGACAUCUAUACCUCCUCCUUCCCACAGACAUGUUAUACUCUGUCUUAACACACGAAGAACUAGCUCUCAUCUCCGAGAAAGCAGCAGAGAUACUCAAUGAAAACCGGCAUAACCAUUUGAAGAAAAUAUUCCGAAGAAGAAACUCAUCGUCUGUUAAGGAUGAUAAUCAUCAUCAUGAUCAUGGUGGUGUGGAAAUAAGAGAAACCCUAGAAGAGAAGGUACUAUACGAAUCCAAAUAUGGAUCUUGGAGGCCUGGAUUGGAGACGAUCGUGGAGAGCUAGAUGAAUUGUUCAAUAAUUUUUAUGUAUUAUAUUAUCAGUCGGUCAUAGGCGAGUAUUCUUUGUUCUUUAUUUAUUUUUCCUGAUAAUUUUUGUCCGAGUUUUACAGAAAAUUGAGAGUUAAUUAUAUAUGGUUCUGUUCA